CAUCAUCCUUCCUUCUUUCCAAAUUUCAAAUUCCAAAUCAAAUUCAGUAUUUUGUUUUCAAUAAUCAGGCAGACAACCAAAGGAUCGAAUUCCCCCAUCAUCGUCGUCGUCGUCGAGAAUGGCAAUGGCUUCCUCCUCCUCCCCUUCGUGCUUCGCUGUUGCAACAGUAAAAACCCCUCGCUAUGCCAAUUCAAAUGCUUCUUCCAAGCCUCUCCUCUGCCGGGCAGGGGCAGAAGCUGCUCGAGAAACCGUCCCCGCCCUAGUUUCCCGGAGAUCACUGGCCCUCACAUUUCUCGCCGGCGCUGCUGCUCUUGCCUCCAGAGUCUCUCCUGCAGAUGCCGCCUAUGGCGAAUCAGCCAACAUAUUCGGAAAGCCGAAAACGAACACGGAUUUCAAGCCAUACGUGGGGGAUGGAUUCAAGCUGUCCCUACCCUCCAAGUGGAACCCUAGCAACGAGGUGGAAUUCCCCGGGCAGGUCCUCAGGUACGAGGACAAUUUCGACUCCACCACCAACGUCUCCGUCCUCAUCACCCCUUCCGACAAGAAAUCCAUCUCCGACUACGGCCCCCCUGAGGAAUUCCUCUCCAAGCUCGAUUUUCUACUGGGAAGACAGGUCUACUUUGGCCAAACUGAUGCUGAGGGUGGAUUUGAGUCGGGGGCUGUGGCCACUGCAAACAUACUGGAGACAUCGUCGCAGGUGAUCAAUGGAACUCAGUACUACUUCUUGUCGGUGUUGACAAGAACUGCAGACGGAGAUGAAGGGGGGAAGCAUCAGCUGAUCACCGCAGCCGUGAAGGACGGGAAGCUGUACCUCUGCAAGGCACAAGCCGGCGACAAGAGAUGGGGCAAGGGCGCCAGAAAGUUCGUCGAGAGUGCAGCCACAUCCUUCAGUGUUGCUUGAAUCAAAAUUCAAUAUGUGACUACAUUUUCAUGUAUGUAUGUAUGUAUGUAAUACAGCAUAUUAAGAUCCAUCACUCACUAGACUCAUUAAUCUUUCACCACCCUUUUGGUUACCUCCAUUUUAGAGUUGCCCGCCUCCCUACAUUAAGAAGAAGAAGAAGAAUGGCUGAAUCUGUUUAUCCUCAACCUAUCCCUAUCCCUAUUCCUAUCUAGAAGAGGAAGAACACAAAAAUGGAAUUGCUUUUGCUUAAUGCUACAUUGCAGUUUCUGAGAUUA